UACCCCCUCCUCUCCUAUCAAUUUCUCUCUCUUUAUCCAAUAAUAAAUAAUUUAAAAAAAUAAUAAAAGGAAAGGUUACCAACAGUCACCUGCUAAUGGGGGGGGGAGAAGAUGCAAUAAAGCAAAGGACUAAUUCCUUGGCUUGGGAAUGAGAAAUCCAUGUCUGAGAAGAUUCUGAUGCCACCUUUCAUCUCUUUAGGAAAGAUGGACCAACAACCCCGAAACCUGGCUCUUCUCUUCCUCUAUUUCCUAUCUUUCCUCCUCGGCCUCCCAGCCAACCUGCUGGCCCUGAGGGCCUUCUUGGGGCGGGUGCGCCAGCCCCAGCCUGCACCCAUCCACAUCCUGCUGCUCAGCCUGACACUGGCUGACCUCCUGAUGCUGCUGCUGCUGCCCUUUAAGAUGUACGAGGCCAUGAACAACUUCCACUGGGGCCUGUCUGUCGCCCUGUGUGCCUUCACUGCAUAUGGCUUCUACAGUGGCAUCUACUGCAGCACAUGGCUGCUGGCGGGCAUCAGCAUCGAGCGCUACCGCAGCGUGGCCUUCCCAGUGCAGUACAAGCUGACCCGCAGGCCCCUGUACGGCCUCAUCGCCGCCCUGGUGUCCUGGCUCAUGUCCUUUGGACACUGCAGCAUCGUCAUCAUCGUGCUUUACUUACCUACCCAAGCCGAGAAAAACACCACCGUCUGCUAUGAUGGCUUCAACCCAGAGCAGCUGGACGUGCUGCUCCCUGUGCGACUGGAGCUCUGCCUGGUCCUCUUCUUCAUCCCCAUGUUCGUCACCAUCUUCUGCUACUGGCGCUUUGUGCGGAUCAUGCUCUCCAGGCCCCAGGUGGGAGCCCGGAAGCGCUGGAGAGCUGUGGCGCUGGCUGCAGUGACCCUCUUCAACUUCCUGGUGUGCUUUGGGCCUUACAACCUGUCUCACGUCAUCGGCUUCUUCCAAAGGCAGAGCCUGGAUUGGCGGGUGUGCGCUGUGUUUCUUGGUGCCCUCAACGCCUGUGUGGACCCCUUGAUUUUCUAUUUCUCCUCCUCAGCUGUGCGCAGGGCCUUUCACAAGAGGCAGCAGAAGCUGCAGAACUGGGGUGCCUGGCUGUUGAGGUUCUGGGGGAGAAGAGCUGGAAACCAAACCCCAGAGAAAGACAGUGGGGGCUUGGGCAUGACCAAUGCCAACUACACGGAAGACUAGAUUCACCUGUGAUGGGUCACUUUUUUUUCCCCAGGGGCGAAUGAGGGUGGACAGAGAAGGACUCAAAGAGGAGAAUAGUGAAGGCAGAAGAUGCCUUCUCCCACACCAGGCUUACAAAACAGCAGCAGGCAUCUCACAUCAUGUUCACUCCCUGGCAUUUCUGUCACCCUCUCUGUGGUUGGUACUGCUUUGUGGAAGGAAAGCCAUUAGCUCCUUUUGUCCUGGAAUAUCAGUCUUAGAAUUUUUUAAAUCUUCCCACUCCAUACAGGAGAACCUUGCUUUGUUGUGCUUUGCUGAUAAUGUUUUGCUUUAUCUUAUCUGAUAGAGAAAAAUCGAGAGGGAAGGAGGAGCGAGACAAUGAGAGAAGGAAAGAUACCUGCAAUAUUGCUUCACAAUUUCCCUCCCUGCAAGUGGGGACCAGGAGCUUGAAGCCAAGUCCUUGAGCAUGGUAGCAUGUACACACAAACAGGUGCACCACCACUGGCCUCAACAACUGAUUUCUUAUGAGACUGUUCACCAACAGCAAAAAAGAGUAUCACUCCUUGAAGGCUCAGAUGAUGGUCAGCAUUUUUUUUCUAACAGGCUUACCCUUGGGACUGGUGUCUGCACAACAAAUCUAUUACUACCAGCAGCUCAUUUCCUUUUUUUUUUUUUUUUUAAUUUUCUUGUAUUUGAUAGGACAGAGAAGAACUGAGAAGAGAGGAAAAGAUUGAGAGAGUCAGAGAGACAUUCACUACUCAUGAAGCUUCCCUCCUGCAGGUUGGGACCAGGGACUUGCUUGGUCAUAUGUGCGUUCUACUGGUUGUGCUACCACCCAGCCCCAAUGGUCAAUAUUUUUUCAGCCAUGAAAUAUUUUAACUAACAAAUUGCUUUUUAGCCCUAAUGUCACUGCACACUUAAGAGACUUUCUGUAUAAUGUAAACAUAGCGUGUAUGUGUACAUUCCUGUGAGUUGUUUUAUACUACCUUAAUUUUCUUUCCUUGUUUUUUACAGAGACAGAAAGACGUUGAGAGAAGGGGGAGAGACAGAGAGGCACCUGCAACACUGCUUCACUGCUUAUGAAACUUCCCACCCUGAAGAUGGAAACCAAAGGGCUUGAAUACAGGUCCUUGCACACUAUAACGUGCACUCUACCAGGUGUGCCACCAGCUGGCCUCACUUUUUCUUUGAGUGAUUUAAUAUUAAUUUACAAGAUUUUAAGAUAGUAAGGGUAUAAUUCCUUACAGGUCCUACCAGCAGAGUUCUGUGUUCCCAUCCUCUCCAAUGAAAAUUGCAGUAGUUCUCCCAAGGCCACUGAUAUGGGGUGAUCAUAUAACUAUCUAUAUCUAAGUAUAGAUGUAUAUAUAAUUUGUGCUCAUUUUUCAUCAGCCCUGCCUUCACUUCCUUUCUAAGUCACCCCUACACCUAUUACAACUUUUGAGUAUCUUUACUUUUUUCCCCUCUUCUCUCUCAGAUAAAAGAAAUAGUGCCUGGCUUCCUCUGAAGUUUUCUAGAUUUGCUUCUCUUUCACUGAUAGUAUACAAACAAGAUUCUUGGUGACAAAUGGUUUGGGUCCUCAUGGAAUGGGGUAGAGAGUCUUCUGUUACUUUCCCCAUUUAUUUAUCCAUCUGGGAGUAUGGACCAAAAUUCCUUCUGGGUUAUAAAAGGUAAGAGUGCUGGUUUCUGGAAUUGCUUCAAUGACAUGAGCAUUGACAAAUUGAUCCAUACCCCUAGCCUGUUUCUAUCUUUCCCUGGUGGAUAGGAUUCUGGAGAAGUGAGGUUCCAGGACAUAUUGGUGAGAUUACCUGCUCAUUAAAGCCAAGAUAGAAUCAUAGUAGCAACAGGGCCAGGUGGUGGAGCACCUGGUUGAGCACACAUGUUACAAUGCACAAGGACCUGAGUUCAAGUCCCUGGUCCUCACCUGCAAUGGGAAAGCUUUGUGAGUAGUGAAACUGGGCUGCAGGUGUUUCUCUGUCUCUCGGCCUCUCUGCAAUGUGUCUCAACUGAGAAGGUGGCAGCACUCACUCAUCUGCAGAGGUCUUCACAUACUGGGCCUGAGUAUUCUAGCACAGGGGAGAACCUGCAGAGGAUGAGGCUUGGGCACACAAGAUCCAGGGACCGCAGUUGCUGGCUUAGGCCUAUGAAAUGGGCAAGAAACAAAGACUGGAGACUGUUCUCUCUAUGUGCCAAAGAUCAAGCUUGAUAAGUUGUGAUAUUCAAAAUCUUCAGAACUUUUAAUUAGUUUUCUCCUAUUUGGUCUAUUCUUUUUGUGGAAGGGUAUGCUACGUUCUCCUGUAAUCCUGUCUUCCCGGUGAGAUGAAAUUUUCAUCAUUCCUUUACCUUAAGAUAC